AUGAUACCCUACGCCCAAGCUCUCCAAAUCCUCACCACGCAAGCAACGCACCACCACCUCCACGCCACUCUCCUCCCCAUCUCGAAAACCCUCCACCGCAUCUCAAAACACACCCAUGUCUCUCCCACCGCAACACCGAGAUUCAACACCUCCCUCGUGGACGGAUACGCGCUCAACUCAGCGGCGACAUUAACCGCCUCGUCGGAAGCACCACUGGCGCUUCGCGUGGUGGAUUCCGUUGCCGCGGGUGAGGAGCCGGUUAGGGUUUCUGGUGCUCCAGGUGAGCGUGGGAUCUAUCCGUGUGUGGAGGUUAUGAGGGGCGCAAAAGUGCCGCUUGUCGAUGAAGCUGAUGCUGAGAUGGGGUUUGAUUUUGAUUGUGUUGUGCGCAUUGAGGAUACAAGAGUUGUUGAGACUGGCGCCGGGGCAUCACGGUACAUCCAGGUAAUGAAAUGGGCGCGGUCAGGACAGAAUAUCCAAAUUGCCGGCACGGAUUUCCAGGCUGGCGAUGAGAUCCUUCGCGACAAUGAGGUCGUGCGAUCUUCUCAUAUCAUGGCGUUGUCGUCUGUCGGGAUCAGCGAGAUAUCCGUCCUGCGCAAGCCGCGUGUAGCGGUUUUUUCCACAGGAAGGGAACUACUGCUAGAUACUCCGGUCACGGCGUCAUCUUCAAGAGAUCACGACAGAAGUACGGUUACUAGCAAUAAUAGAAUCCCCGACGUCAACGGACCGUACCUGACGUCCGUGUUGGAGGAAUGGGGAGCCGAAGUGGACUUCCUGGGUGCCGUUGACGACGAUGCACUCACCAUCUCACAUCUGAUCAAAACCCAUCUCACACACCAUCGGUACGAUCUGGUUCUGGCCACCGGCGGCGUUGACUGGGUGCGGACGGCAGUCGAGAAACACCUAGGUGGGAAUGUAUUGUUUCAUGGUCCUGCCAUGGAACCGGGUCGUCCAGCUUUCUUCGCGAUGCUCUCUCGGGUUGAUAUUGACAUACACGCGCCGGUGGAAGAGAUCGAACAAGACGAUGAUGACAUUGCCGGGUUGUCUUCACGGAAUACCGGUAAUACAGCAUUCUUCGGUCUCCCCGGAAACCCCGUCGAUAGCGCAGUCUGUUUUCGGUUUCUGGUCUUACCCUAUCUCAGACGCUUGCAGGGCCAGGAACUGGAACUGACUCGCAGUAGGGAACAUUGUGAGGCGACUAUUAGGACUCCUGGCUGGCGGGAGGGUAUAGGGAGAGAGGUCUUGCCGGAUCGUAAUCGGGUUCUGGAGAGUUUUCCACCGGAGACAGAUGUGUUUCGGGCGGGCAUUUUGCUCAAUGAGGCUGGACACGGGGCGGAAGUAUGUCUGGUUGAGGAUAAUUAUGGUUCUAGGAGGAUAAAGCCGUUGCUCAAUGCGAAUUGCUGGAUUCAUCUGCCUCCUGAGAAGACGGAGGUGAGGGAGGGGGAUGCUGUCAAGGUUAUCCUGUCUGACUCUUGCAAGUGA